AUGCUCCGCAAGCCCCUGGAGUCCACUCGCCGCGCCACGAGCCCGUGUGCUCGGCGGCCUCCUGGGUUUUUCAAUGCAGGACCCAGCCAGCAACUCCAAGUCAUAGCGGUGAUGCACCAGCGCCCGUUUAAACUUGUAUGGGCAGCAGGUUCACUUCAAAAUACACGCUCGGCCUUCCUCUGCACNAGGAACUUGCCUUAUGUACUAGAGCGGCUAUGCGACGUAGAUGAAGCGGUCAGGCGCGCCGCGUUCCUCUACAUAGCUGGCGUCAACGUCACGCAACUCAGAGUCCGCCAGAGAGUUCUGACCCUUAAGGUCGGACUUACCGAACGCAGUCAGCGCGUGCGACGAGUGGUCGAAGAGAUCCUCGUACCCGGUUGGCUGAGCACUUUCCAAGGCAACAUCAUAGACCUGCUGAAAGCCAUACGGCUGGACAACGCUCAUGAUGCUAAAGAUUCGCAGUACGUCGCUGGGAAGCUGCUGGAGACUUUGUUCAAACGUCUCCCAAUAUCCGAACUGCUGGAAUGGCUGCCAACCGACAAGACUCUUCGGCUGAUCCCAGCUGAGAAACUAAACAAGGAGACUGCCUGGUACUGGCGCCAUCUGGCGGAACACUUGCAGAAAAUUGAAGACGAUGAGACGCUGGAAACUGUGUUGCCAGACUUGGUGGUGCUCACUGGAUAUAUUAAGGCCAUAGUGGAAUCCCCCUGUCCUUCGGAGAGCUCGGACCCGAUAGGGUUCAGUACCCGCCAGCACGUGUUGCACGAGCUCGUGAGCAUGCUCCGAGUGUACGACGCGGCCGACCCCGCCGGCGGCAAGGAGCUGCAAGCGCUGGUCACUCAAGCGCUCACUGGUGACUACGGCCCGCUCAGCUCUGACGUUAUACGCGCGUUCGUAUCAGCCCUCGAAAUGGUGGUGCCAGACCUGGCGCUCCGAUUAGAAAUCAUCAACGGCAUGAUAUCGGCCCUGCGAGACCCGCCCGAACCAGAAACGAUUGCUGCGCCUCCGCCGCCUGUGGAUUGCGCUGAAGUUAAACUCCAGCGUGCCAGACUUCGCGUAUCCCUAAAUGUAGCUAUGGAAGCUCAAGAAGAAGCUGUCAGAGACCAAAACUACGCUCUCGCCGCCGAAUGUAAAGCUAAGGUGGAAGACAUCCAAAAGAAGUUGGAAGAUCUGAACGUUCAACCAACACCGCCACCUCCAGCCCCAAUACCAACAAUAAUGGAAAAAGUGUCUGACGCAGAAACCUUAAACAAAUGCCUAACGAUACUCAACAGUGCGUUAGACACUCCUCAACUCAAGACCGUGACUCCAAUGUUAAGAAUGAUAUUUAACGAAUUAGAGGUGGAAAUAUUCCAAAACCCAGAAGUGCUAGAAAAUGCUCUAGAAACCGUGGCGUUAUUUGGUAUGCUCGAUAAGGAGUUUGCGAAAGAAAACAAAGCUUUCUUCUUUGCUAAUCUAAUAGACACGUCAAACGAGCCAAUAGUGACGACAGUACUAAAGUGCAUAGUGGAUCUCCUUUGCGUGCACGGUGCGAAGGUUUUCGAAGACGACGCGUCUGAGUCGCAGCGCGCAGACGAGUCGAAAGCGAAGAGCAAGCGAAGCACGUACUCUCACUCUAUAGACGCGAUCGAUGAGGAUGGUAGUAUAUCCGAAUCGGUGAUAUCACUGACACCAACUCACAGUACCGUCAUCGAACUACUAUUGAAAAUAAUGGACAGCACGUGCGCAACGUAUCGGCUGAUAAUAGUGGAGGGUCUGUGCCGAUUGCUACAUCUGGGCCAUCUGGAGUCCCCUGCGAUACUCAGCCGGCUUAUGUUGCUUUGGUUCAAUCCUGCUACAGUGGAAGAAGACAUGCUGCGGCAAACAAUAGGCGUGUUCUUCCAAACUUUCCCUACCACAGUCGAUGGUGCACAGGAGCAAAUACAAAAAGCAACGCUUCCCACACUGCGUGCCCUAGCCAACGCUCCCUCGAGUUCGCCGCUUGCUGAAAUCGACCAAGAGGCAGUGGUUCGCUUCAUCGUGUCGCUCACUCGCGUCAACCACGAAGUCAUCGACAGCCAAGGUGUAAUGGCAAUGACACUAUGCAACUACAUAGUGCGGAGGCCUUCGUCGACUGAAGUGGGAUUGGCAUGCAGAAUGCUCGCUCUACUGUCGCCGCCUAGGGACGGACAACUCGCGAUUGAACUAGCGGCUAUGCUGCGAGACUUGUGUGCGAAACUGCCAGACAAGCAAUCUUGCCGAAACCUUACCCGCUACUUAGGCUCGCUAGAGGCUAUGGAGCGGGCAAGUCUCAACAAGAUGUCGAAUACAGGUAUUACUGAAGGAACAAUGCAAGGCGAAGACACCAUAGGUCCCAUAGGACGAGCAACGACUUCCUUACCGCAACCACUCGCGCGUAGCACCCACGUCGUCAUCAACGAAACCGUCGAAGAAGAAGUAGAGAUUGACGAGACCACGCCUCCAGAAACUGUGUCCAGGAUUGAAGAGCAACCACCAGUAGAGACAAGCAGUCCCAAAUCGAACCGGCCGUCCUCGGAAAUUGAGACAAGCGACAAAGUAGACGACGCUCCUUCAGAUUCCAGCAGCAGCGGAGUGUCGCCUUUGAAGAAGCCCAAAGUUACUAAAAGCAAGAAAAAGAAACUAUCAAUCAAUAAACAAGCUAGCACAGAUAGUACGAAGGGUACUAAAAAGGGCAAAGAGCCUAAAGGCAAAGCGAAGGUCCAACCGGACAAUGAAAAGGGCGGCGUCAAAAGAAGCCGAUCGCAACGGUCUUUGGUGGAUAUAGAUAGAGCACUGAAAGCAAAAGCCGACGCAGCGAAGGACAAAAAAGACAGUUCGCCAAACGAGUCUUUGCAAUCGCCGCCGCUCGACCUAGAUGUCUCAAACGUGACCAUACGGAAAUCCACGAGGGGCCUACAGUCUGCCUCGAGCACGGAGUCUAACGGAUCCACCAAGAGCCGAACGAAGAAGGAAGAACCGAAGCGAAAAGUUAAAGGUAAAGCGGCAGAAGCGAAAGCGCCACAACCAACGAGACCAGUGACCCGCGCGUCUACGGAAUCCGCUCGCAGCAGUAUGGACAGCUCCCAGAAUUCUGUGUUCGAGGAUUCUGCCAACGAGACCGAACUACACACUAUCGUCUACGAGAAGGAAAUC